AUGCUUCUCAAACGCGGCUCUGAGGCUGGUCAUGAAGAACACAUCCCUUGUCACUACUGCUCCGGCUUAGCCCGCCUAGGAUACGACGAACACGGCUACAUUGCUUUCACUGACAACCCAGAUCCCGACACUCUCUCCAGAGGACAAGUGUGGUCUAUUCGCGAGUCUCUGAUGCUGCCCAUCGCGGAGUACUUGAAGAAGUACGAUCGCGAGUUGGUCUACAACGAAACUCGGUCUGGCAAAUCGCGUGCCACGACUGUCGGGACAUGGAUUAAACUUCACGGCUGCAAAGAGGCUCCCCGUCCUUGUAUCAUCACUAAAGGGAGCGGGAAGAACAUGCGAGCUUAUCUCAUGGGGACUUUCAAUGGUGGCCAGUUCGAAGACUUAUCGCUAUGCAUCGAUAUGUUCUGCGUACAGGUCGAUCCCUCUUCCGACGAUCUGGUGUUGAACUCCUCUGAGCAACACGUCCAUUCUACUCCGCGCUGGUGCCCUGCAAAGAGACAGUACGUGUGUGUCUUACCUGUCGAGCACCGCGGUCGUCUGCCGGCAGAGCCCCCGGAAGAUAUCAAGGGCUUCGUGCUGGACCGCUGGGUGGAACGGAAUGGGACGCCGGGAGAGAAAGGGCAGGUCUACGGCUUCUCGGAGAAGCAGCUCAAUCGCCUGAACGUCAUAUCCCAAGCUCGGGGAGAACAAUGGCGGCAGAUGAAGAAGACUGACAAGCAGAAUGCCAUCCGGUCAUUCCGGGGUUUCGUCACCAAGCAUCUCACGCCUCCGGAGGUCGCACUGGCUGGAAAGGCCACCAGUCAACGAACACGCAUCGGCCUCCCGUCGUUGCGGUCAAGGAAGACUGUCUUCAGUAGGCCGUUUGGCGCGCUGUCCACCCUCGCCGAGGAUCGCCCUUCAAACAUCCCGUCGCACGACGUGCAUCCGCUGGCAUCUCCCACGAAGCGCGGCUUCAAUGGACGGAGUUCCUCACGGGCGAGCGCUCGCCACUGA